AAAGACUGCCCUCCCCAGGGGUUCUCUUAGUUUGAAGCCUUUUUCAUCCUUCAGCGCAGCAAUAAUGGAGAUUCCAGUAUUUACCAUUGAUGCCUUCACCAACUUACCCUUCAAGGGAAACCCUGCGGCCAUUUGUCCACUUAUGCAUGAGCUGAGUGAUGAUUUGUAUCAGAGUAUCGCAUCAGAGAUCAAUCUGUCAGAGACUGCUUUCAUCAUCAGGACCAACCCUUCUGACAGUUUCUCCACAGGAUCAAGGUUCCGCCUUCGAUGGUUUACACCAACCAGUGAGGUGAAUCUGUGCGGUCAUGCCACCUUGGCCUCCGGAGCAGCGCUGUUCCGGCAUCACAACAAUGUAAAUCCCACACUGGUGUUUGAGACGAGGAGUGGAGAUCUGGCUGUCACCAAGAAGGGGGAAGGCUACCUCAUGGACUUUCCUCUCAAUCCACCGGCCCCGGAGGAUCCCAAUGCCUUCAGAGACAUUAUCAAGGUGGCAGUUGGAAACCACCCAGUUCAGGAUGUUUGUCUGAGCCCCAGCACCAAGAAACUGAUGAUACGACUGGCCGAUAGCUGUGACAGGUCAGUACUAACCAGUCUGAAAGUUGACCAUGCUGCUCUUCUGAGCAGUGAGAAGAGUGGAAGAGUCAAAGGAGUAAUCGUCACAAUGAAAGGCUCCCCAGACUGCCAGCCCGGAUACGAUUUCUACUCCAGAUAUUUUGCUCCAUGGUUCGGCAUCCCUGAGGAUCCCGUCACUGGAUCCGCUCACACCGUCCUCGGUAGCUACUGGUCUGAAAAACUGGGAAAGAAAAAAAUGCUGGCUUACCAGUGCUCCAGGCGAGGCGGGGAGCUGGAACUGGAAGUGAGAGACGACGGAAGGAUCAACAUAGCUGGACAGGCUGUCAGUGUGUGGCAAGGAAAAAUCACACUGUAGCUUCAGUCAGGAGCAAACACACAGGGUUUAAGGAGCUGAGAGGUCAACAUGGACCUGCAGGAAGAUGGUUUCUAACUUUUAGUAAUCAAUACAAGAUGGUAUAGUAAUAGUAAUAAUAAUAAUAAUAAUAAUAAUGAUAAAAACAGACUAAAGCCCAGACUUAUUAAUCUUAUAAUCAAACAUCAUUGAGCCAAGCAGCAGACUGUAGGAUUGAAAAAAAAAAAACACGCACGUUUUGUAAGGAUUUGCAUUAUUUAUUCACAUAGUCGACAUUAAAGUAAAUCACAAUACUUCAUAGAAGAAAAAAAAAACAACAUAAAUUUACAGGCUGUGCUCAAGUAAAACAGAACGAAGGUUGAAUCACAGUUGUGGUCAGAAUGUUAUUCGACAACAUCACAGUUUACUCGUGUUGUAAAACACAGAAUCAUUUUUGUCCGAUAUUGUGGUUCGUACCAGAUUCCUAGAAUUCUAACUGUUCUCUCCUCUGUAAUCUGUUCAGCUUUAGUUCAGCUAGUCUGCAGAGGAACUGCAAUAAAUAACUCAGUUGGUUAGUUUUGCUUUUGCUAAUAUGAACAUAAGACGCACUAAUCUUAGUUGUUGAAACGAUAAAUCAAUAAAAUCAUUGAUACACCA